AUGGCUCCGGGAUCGGAUGAGCAGCCCCCUCCGAAAGAGAGGGGAGGAGCUUCAGCUCCGUCGGCAACCUCCAUUAAUCCGGAGGCGCCCAAUGCUCUAGAGGAAGCACUGCAAGGUGCUUCCAUUGUGGAGGAGCACCGUACCCUGAUGGGUGCGGUUAUGGAGAAGGUUCAGUCUGCCAAAAACAGACUAAAUGAAGCCUUCCGUAGCCUACUGACAGGCUUUGAGGCCUCCAUGUUGGCGGCCACCGCUCAUGCCGUAGAAGUUUCCGAACUCAAUCGAAAGCUUCAAGUGGCCGAUGAAGAGCUCGACCGCAUCAACAAGUGGUUCGAUGAAAUGCAAGCUAGCGCAGCCGAGGUCGAGACCCUCAAGGGCGCCCUCGUCCAGGCCAAGAAAGAGGCGGAGGCGAAUAAGGCAGCCGCUGAUAAAGCGGCUGCUGAACUAGAGGCUGAACAAAUCGCCCGCUGCCAACAUGAAGCUCGGGUGGCCGAAGUCGAGCAGGAGCCGAAGGAUGCCAUCAGCAAAUGUGAGACACUGGAGCAGGAGACUUCGGCCCAGUCCUCCGAGCUUGCCAAGGCUCUUCGUGAUGCAAAAGAGGCGUGGAGCGAGUCCCUGAGCGCUCGCGAAGAGAUCCACUAG